UUGAAGUUUGAAAUUCUGUGUGUUCAGCACAACUGCUGCAAAUAAGCUUUCGAAUCAAAACAAAAAUGUGUGAUGUUGAUCAAGUAGCAAAGGCUUUAGAAAAAUGGGCCGUGGAGGAAAUGGGAUUUCGUAAUAUUCAAAAGAAAAAUGGGAUUGACACAAACAAAUCUACGGAUUUAAGCGGGAUAUGCCUUGGACCCAUGGCUGACAUUUGGAUGUAUGUUAUAAAACAUGUGAAAAGUGAAACAACUGUUCAGACUAUUAAAGGAAACCUGAGUCUUCAUUCAAGAGCCCAAAUCGAGGAUCCCCAAAAGGUUAACCUUGUCACCCAAAAGGAAAAGCUAAAACAGGAAAUUGCUGAUCUGAGAAAAACGAAUGCUGUCCUUUAUGAUAGUUUAACAGAAGCAAAAACAUCAAUGCAAAAACAAGAAACUGAGUUAAGGAAGAAAAAGCUUGCAUUUAGAGAUUUGAAAAGAUCAUCGGUCCUGCUAAAUUUAGUGAAAGACAAUAUUGAAGAUAAUAUAAAAUCACUGAAUAAGAAUGGCAAAGAAAUAGAAAAACAAUUUCUGUCUCUUGCACCUCAGCUUGAGAAUGAGACAGAUCUUGAGCGAUAUAAAAUUGAUGUUGAAAAUAUGUGCAAACUAAUGCAGAAUUCAUUGAAUGAACUGUUGAAUGAAGAACCAAAUAUUGAGAAAGUCAAUGCUACCAAAAUGUCUGUUGGAAAUCAUUUAGCAACCCUGCUGGAAACCCUUCCUCAUCCUCUCUUCAUGAAAUUGAUUCAAGAACAGCAGGCAGCAGCUGUUUUAGCCAUAAAUCACAAGGAUUUCCGUUUACCUCAGCAAAGUAAUACGGCGCCCGAUUUUAUUCCAGAUAAUGUGCAACCCUUACAGAAACUGCUGUACGAAAUUUCUUGGUAUCAUACUGAAACUGCAGCACGUGCGGAAGCUGCAAAAAAACAAGCCAUACCAUUAAAACAGGAAUUGGAAAAAAUGAAAGCAAAAAUAUUGCAAUCUUUGCAUAUGCGUUUUGAUGCCGAAGAUCCAAAACUGGCCGAUGAACAAUUUAAAGCGAUUGAAAUGGAAAUCCAGCUUGCGAGCCGUAAAGGUGCAAUAGAGUCCCUGAGAACAAAUUUAGAGGAGCUGGAAAACUUCUGCACCCGUUACGAGGCUCGACAGGCUGAUAUUGAACAAAAGAUUCGUACUAUUGAAAGCAACAGCCGACUUUCAGACCACCUCACUGCUUUAAUUUGCACAUUGGCUAGGAAGCGCGCCAAUAGUCCAGAUCUUCUGCAGCAAUUAGUUAACCAAUCGCAGCGGAUGGUGAACGAAGAUUUCUCCACCGUUCAUAAUACAUUAGGUAAUUUUAUGGAGUCAUCCAAGUGCAACUUCGUCGAAAAGGAAAUGGAGUUGUACCGUCAGCUGCAACCUUCUCAGCUAUUUAAUGUCCGCAUGGACACGAAGCUUGUGCCUGUAAACCGCCUGUCAUUACAUCGACUUUUACUGACAGGCGACUCGGAUGUGUCAGGAAAUCAUCUUGAAAAGGCUCUGAAGUGCCUAGGUAUUGCUUCCACCCUACCUGUUUUUCGAGUCUUAGAGAGGGUCGGGGAAAAACAGUUAGAAAUGCGAAAAAUGCAGCAAGCUCUAAAGUGGCAUGAAACCAGGAAUUCGGAGAUGAUAGAAAAACAUGGACUAGUCUGGCUCGAAAAUGGAGCUCUUCAUUAUAAAGAGCUAGCAAAGAUGUUAGAUGAUAGUUGGAAUGCACAAAAGACAGCUAUAUCACCUUCCUUGGAAUUACGCCGUAAGAGGAUGGAAGAAGCUCUGAAAUACAUCGCAGAUGUCGACGUCGCACUGCAUGAAUGGUGCAACGAACCAGCUAAGUUUAUUGACACAGGCCGCACUGUCAAUGGGAAAACGCUUGACCAGUGGAAUGUCGAAUGGAAAAAAUCCCUUACUUUGUGCCGCAAAAAAGCCCCGUAGAUAAUAACAUUAAAAGGAAUGGUUAAUACAUGUAUUUUCACUUGUUCAAACA